AUGGUUCUCAACGAAAUCUUAAGAAGAGACCAUUGUUCACGUAAGAGAGUUACGGAGAAGAUGUCAAACAAGGAUUUGAAGGACAAGUACAAGAACCACAAGGAAUCAUCAUCAUGGGCAUGGUCAAAGUGUUUUCAUCAUGGUAGUGGAAGAUUUACUGCUAUGGGAAAUGCACAACAAUGGAAUAAUGUUGUUGACUUGUCUAAUCUGUUCAUUGGGCACAAGUUUUCUCAAGGUGCUUAUAGUAAGCUUCAUCGUGGUAUAUAUAAUAAGGAACCUGUUGCUGUUAAAAUUGUGAGUGUACCUGAGGAUGAAGCAAUGGGAAACUUGGCUUCAAAGUUAAAGACACAGUUCAUCAGAGAAGUCACGUUUUUAUCUCAUCUCCACCAUCAAAAUGUUAUAAAGUUCAUAGGAGCAUGCAAAGACACAGAUGUUUAUUGCAUUCUCACGGAGUAUCUAUACAAUGGUUCUUUAAGGGCAUAUUUGAACAAGUUAGAGUCCAAACCAAUUUGUGUGAAGGAGGUAAUAGGUUUUGCUUUGGAUAUUGCACGUGGAAUGGAGUAUAUACAUGCACAAGGUAUCAUUCAUAGAGACCUUAAACCGGAGAAUGUGCUUGUUGAUGGGGACUUACAUCUCAAAAUUGCUGAUUUUGGGGCUUCAUGUGAGGCUUCAAAGUGUGACAACUCAUUGAGUGGUACCUACCGUUGGAUGGCACCAGAGAUGAUCAAAGGCAAACGUUAUGGGAGAAAGGUUGAUGUCUACAGUUUUGGGCUUAUUCUUUGGGAAAUGGUGAGUGGCAAAAUGCCAUUUGAGGAUAUAACUCCAAUACAGGUUGCUAUUGCUGUGAAAAAUAAGGAUUUAAGGCCUGUUAUUCCUUCAACAUGUCCACCUGUUAUUAGAAAUUUGAUUCAACAAUGUUGGGCCUCAAAACCAGAGAAGAGGCCCGAGUUCUGCAAGAUUGUUCAGGUUUUGAAGCAGUUUGAUCAAUCUUUAUUAGCCACUGAUGGAACCCUGAAUCUGAUGCAAAAACCCUGUAGCCAAGAUCAUCAUCAUCUUAAGAAAGAUUUUCUUCAUUGGAUUCAAAAGAUUGGCCAUGUGCAUUGA